UGGCAGGGAAUGCCGUUUCAGCUUCUCUUGGGGGGAAUAUGGAUACUUGCAAGGCGGCCAUUUGAGAUGAACAUGCAUUGAUAAAUAAAUACAAAAGGCAUCCUUCCCUGGUCGUGGGUGGUGGGCGUUUGCUGGUCGGCUUUUUUGGUUUGUUUGUUUUCGUUCAUUUCCUGCUGUGCUUGUGAAUACCUGCAGCUUGGGGGGCCUGCAGUGUCCCCUUUCACCACGCGGUUUUUUCUUCUGCUUGAAAUCAUCAUUUUCUUUUACUGGCGUCGUUUCUCUUGGGGGUUGCUUGAUUCAUUCAUUCUUUCAUUCUUUCCAGGCAGGCCUGAUUAGCACCGGCAGCGCCGUUACCAUCGUUGGAAAACCAUCCAGCAAAGACAAAAAUACUUCAAAAAUGCGAGCCUUCAUCCAGACCAUCAUCUUCUUCCUGCUCAGCCUGCAAAUGGUUGCUGCGUUGGUCAUUCCAGUUCCUCUCAAGACCUCAUCUACUCCCCGGCGACGAGAUACAUCGAAGGAGUCUGAUUCAGCGUUGCCGCCAACCCAAUACAAGAUCACCGACUUCUACGGCCAGGCAGCAUGCCACAACGUCUUGACAUCGUGCCGCGCGGAUUCCGACUGUUGCUCCGGGCUGCAGUGUGGAAACUUUGAAGGGGAGAUGCUGUGUACGCCUCGAGGUUGAGAAAGUCACCACGGACGAGAAGGCCUUGAUGCACAGGAGCUACAUGUAUGAUAUUGGCAGUUGUCUUCUUCAACUGUGUAUGCUUGUGGUAGUGUGUACCCACCCCGCGAACAGUUGUCUGGAACGGUUGUAGGAUAGCAAAAGAGAAACAGAUCUUGCAUCACACUAUGGACUUUUGCAAAAUUGCAAUACUGCCUCUAUUGGUUGGAAGGAAGAAG